AUGCCUGAUAUUACCAUUCCUCAGGCGAGGAAGAUUGUGGUGGACACGACUGGAGCUCAGAUCGUUCAAGAAGAGUCCCCAGAGACUCGUGACUCGAGAGGGAUCUAUCUUCCUCAUUACAUCGAAGCUGUAUCACACAUAGCGAUCGAUAUUGGCGGCUCACUCGCGAAAGUCGUAUACUUUACUCGGUCCUCCAAACCCAUCAGUACAACCCCGCCAGCUAGAGAUCCCACCUCACCGUUCUUACCGCCUUCCUCAUCAUCCCUCUCAUCUCCUCCACCACCACCUCUAUCUUCCUCUUCUUCAUCCUCUACCCUGCCAGGACCUUCGGGGUCAUAUCACACGACCGCAUCCGCAAAUGGCGCUUCUCAAUCUCUCCCAGAGACGGCACCGCGACGUCCAGCUGUCAAUGGGGCUCUGACCCCUGGACUCCUAACCGAAGCCUCCUCCCCGCCCAACCACCAUUCCUCACCGCUCAAAGCAUCCCUCGCUUCCAUUUCCUCACAUCCGAAACUCCGCCGGUCUUCACUCCCUGCUCCUCUACCUGGAGGUUUGCUGAAUUUUGCCCGGUUCGAAACGUCCGCCAUUGAAGAACUCAUAAGCUUUCUCAAAGACCUCAUUGCGACUUCGGCAGUGGCCAACAGAGUCUCCCUGGAGAAAAUGAAGCGCAACGUCAAGGUCAUGGCCACAGGAGGCGGUGCUCACAUGUACUAUGAUCUGUUACAUUCAGAGCUGGAGGUGGAAGUGCUCCGGGAAGAAGAGAUGGAAUGUCUGAUACUUGGGCUCGGGUUCUUCACUCGAGUCCCGGAAGAAGUCUUCUGGCUAGGCGAGGAAUUAGUCUACAAAGUAUCACAUCCGGAAUCGUCGACUUCAUCGACCGGCCCGAGACCGCUGUCUAUCCCUCCAAAUGAACUUCCUCGACCAAGUCCAACACCGCCAACGUACCAAGUCACAUUUGCGCCUGCUCCUACAAGCUUGGACGAAGCUAUCCCUCACUUCCCAUGCCUCGUCGUCAAUAUCGGUAGUGGUGUCAGCAUAGUCAAGUGCGAUGCCGAUGGUAAAUUUGAGCGAGUCAGCGGAACAAGUCUUGGAGGUGGCACUCUGUGGGGUUUGUUGAGUCUCCUCACCGAUGCAAAGAGCUUUGACGACAUGCUUGCGCUAUCUGAAUUGGGUGACAAUGCUGCCGUCGACAUGUUGGUAGGAGAUAUCUAUGGCUCCGACUACUCAAAAAUCGGAUUGAAGUCUUCGACCAUCGCCUCGACGUUUGGGAAAGUUUUCCGGCGAGGAGCGACAGCAGACGAGCGAAAGAGAAAUCUCAAGCAGGAGGAUAUAGCAAAGAGUCUGCUCUACGCUGUCAGUAACAAUAUAGGCCAUGUCGCAUACAUGAACGCUGCCAAAUACGGUCUUGACCGAGUCUUCUUCGGAGGAUGCUUCAUCCGAGGGCAUGCAGCGACCAUAUCCACUCUAUCUUAUGCUAUUCGAUUCUGGAGCAAAGGUACGAUGAGGGCUUGCUUCUUACGCCACGAGGGCUUCCUGUGA